AAUUUGUAUGAUAAGCUAUUUUUUUGUCAUCGAAAAAAUUUAAAUCAAACAUCAAACCAUUUAUAUAUGACAAAAAUUUUCAUCAAAUAUAUAAGUAGCCUAUUCAGAUGACUCUGCAAUCCAGCAGUUGAUGAAACUGUAUACAAAGGCAGCUGAUCUAACACACCACACACAUUGCACUUGAUGGUCUCAAAUGUGAAUGUGAUUGCAGCCACCAAGUUAUGUAUUCUUUAUAUAUGUUUUGUAAUGUGAUGAUUUGAUGGAGUUUAACUCCAGAUGCCCCUUUGACUCACAAAAAAUGCUCAAAUCUCCCAUCAAUAAAAUAUAGUUUUAUAUUUAUUUAUUUUAAAAUAGGAAAAUAGGCUAAAUACAUCUAUAACCCUAACAAAAUUACAUAAUUACAUGACCCAACCACUCAAACCCGGCCCACCCAAACAGAAACGGGUAUAACUCUUUCCUAAAUCUAAACUCCGCGUUUAGACAGAAAAGAAAAAAAAAAUUUGUCGUUCUCUCCUCUCUUUCUCCUCGUGUUCUUCGUGUUCUUCCGAACAUUCUUUCUGAUUUCCAGAAACUCUCGGCUUCAUCGUUUCUUCAUCUCCUUCGUCUCUUCUUCUGUUCUAAUCAAGACUUCAUUUUCUGAAUCGACAUCCUUCAUUCGGGUAAGUUAUUUUUUGACCUUGAUUUCUUUAUAUCUUGUAUCUAGGUCAGAUAAAAAUUAGGGAAAACUUGUAAAUUGUAGUCGAAAAGUUUGGUAGGAUCUUAGUAAGCGAGAUUGUGGUUUGAAAUUGGGGAAAACAUCUUGAAACUGUAGACUUGGUAUAAAUUGAAACAAAAAAACCAAGAGCUCGCGAUUUUUAUGGGUUCUUUCUUACUGGAUCCAAUUGGUUUUCCUGGUUUAUUAUUUGUGAUAUGAAACCGAAAUCUCUUUGACUGUUAGGAUAAAUGUAAACUGAAAUGGAGUAGGUGAUUUAUUGAAUGAAUGAAAGGUUUGAGAUUAGGCAAAGUAAUAAUUCUAGAUUAUGCCUAAAUGUGUGUUGUUGUGUUGUUUUUGGAUGUUCAGAGGAAGUAGAUAAUGGCAGGUAACCGUGGAGGAAAAAAAAAGACUACAAAGAAAAGUGGAAAAUCCACAACAGCUCCUGUUGCUGAAGAGCAUGUGGAAGAGCUAUCAGAUGGAAACAAUAGUGAUGAUAUGUGCGACCCCCCCUCUGAGGGAAUGAAGGGCUUAAAAAGAAAGCGUCUAUUUACUGGAGGUGGAGUCUCCAGUAGAACUAGAGCUAGAAAAGCGGUAUCAAAUAGGAAUGAGCCGGUUAGAGAAGAGAGUAAUCCAGUGAGAGGAACGACUGUAGUUUCGCUCUCACUUGAUACCGAAAGUGAAGGCAUGUCUGCUGUUUCCUCCAAGGAAAGACAACCACCACAGCCCCUUGAAAUGUACUUCAAAAACACACAGUAUCUGAAGACUUGCAAGAUUCAGACCAAGUGCCGUGUGAAGAACACAGUUGAUGUGAUUAAGGAACUUAAGGAGGAGGUCGGCUGGUUCACGAGCCAUCCUCAGUUUUGUCAUUUCUUCCACAUGCCUGAUGAAGAAUUCCUGAAGCUCCAAGGAAUGUGGAUGUUACUGCUGCACACCAUUCGUAUUGAAGGAGAAGAUGCUGCAUGGUUUGGGGUGAAUGGUGUGCCCAUCCGCUACUCUAUGAGGGAGCAUGCCCUCAUCUCUGGCUUGGACUGUCACGAGUAUCCGAGUGGACAUUUGAAGCUCGGAGGUACUAAGUUUAUGGAUUAUUACUUCGGUGAUAAGAAGAAGAUCACCAUAGUAGAUGUGAAGCAGAAGCUGCAAUCUAUGGGGACAGCAUGUAAUGAUAGAUUGAAGAUGGCUGUCUUGUUCUUCCUUGGUCGGAUUAUCAGAGGAACGACGAAGGAUUCUGCAGCAUUAGACCCGUUCAUCUUAAGGAUAGUGGACGAUUUGGAUGUUUGCAGAACAUUUCCUUGGGGUCGUCUAACAUUUCAUGAUGCAAUAAAGGAGAUUAAGCAUGUAAUGGAGCUUCUGAAGGGUGAAGUGCACCAUGCAACCGGCUUUAAUGGAUUCAUAAUUCCAUUAGAGGUUUUGGCUUUUGAGUGUAUUCCUAAGCUGGGAAAAAAAUUUCGAAUCUCUUCAGACGGCGCCAGUGGAGAUUGUCCUAGGAUGUGCAAAAGUCGGUUUACAAAGAGUAGCAUGAAGGGCUAUCCUUUGGAAGAUAUAUAUGCUGCUUUUGGAAACACAAAGGUUAUUAACAGUGUGUUGGUUCCAACGGUGGAUGAGGAAACUUUGCUGGCUCGUAUCAUUGAUCUAGAGCCAGAGUAUCAGCGUGAGGGUAGCACAAGUGAUAGGUGGAACUACUGGCUAAAUGUGAAGCAGAAGAAGAUUUGGUGGAAAGAACUUUUUGAGUCAGAUGUUGCUGCACGAAAGUUUACAAAGACGAAAGACAAAGAAAAGGUGACGAUUGUAGAAGGUUCAUCUUCUAAUUCUAGUUUGGAGUCGAUGUUGAAAGGUGUGGAAGAGAGGAUUGUGAAGGCUAUGGAAGAAGGAUUUUCUGAAAUUAAUUUAACCGUAGAGACAAAGCUGGAGGCUAUGAACUUGAGGAUGGGUAAACUUGAGAAGAACCAGCGAAUUUUGAAGAAAAAGACUAAGAAAAUAGAAGACAAGUUGACUUCUAUUGAAAGCAAGGGAAAUGAGGAUGAGGAAUAUAGACAGUGGAAUGAUUUUGAUUAUGGUAGAGAUCAUGGGAAGGAUAGAGAGAUGGCUGAGGCAGAGAAGGCUGAGACAGGGAAGAAAAUCAGUGAGAAGGGUGAGGAAGAUGAGGAAAACAGUGGGAAAGAUGAGGAAGACGAGAAAAACAGUGAGAAGGGUGAAGAAGAGAAAGACCAAGAACCUGAAAAAGACAAAGAAAACAGUGACUCUGUUGAGAAAGGCGAAGAAUACGUGGAGGAAUCAGAUGAAGAAAAUUCUCUGUUAAGGCUUCAUGAAAGAGUGAGAGUACAAGCGGAAGAAUUUUGGAGGACAGUUGAUGAUGAAUCUGAGGCUGAGAAAGAGACUGAGAAAGAGGCUGAGAAAGAAGCUGAGGAAGAGGGUGAGAAAGAGGGUGAGGAAGAGGCUGAGAAAGAGGUUCAAGAAGAGAAAGAGAGUGAGGAAGAGGGUGAGAAAGAGGCUGAGAAAGAGGCUGAGAAAGAGGUUCAAGAAGAGAAAGAGGCUGAGAAAGAGGUUCAAGAAGAGAAAGAGGAUGAGAAAGAGGCUGAGAAAGAGUCUGAGAAAGAGGUUCAAGAAGAGAAAGAGGCUGAGAAAGAAGAAUCCAAGGGAACUCCUACCUCUACCGAAGUAAUAGUCAUUACACCACGUGGUAGAACUAAGGCAGCAGCUGCGAGGAAAGCAAUCUCUAUAUCACCAGAGAUUAUUGUGGUAACAGGGAUUGCUGAGCUAGCUGAGAAAGAGGUUGAGGUAGAAGCUACUCAGACAGAGCAAGAAGCUAUUCAGACUGAGAUUGUUGAGAAAGAGGCUGAGGUUACUGAGAAAGAUGCUGAGUUAGCUGAAAAAGAGGAUCAAGAUGUGGAUGAAGAGGAGGAAAAAGCAGAGGAAAGUGACAAGAAUCCUGAUGUCGAUCAAGAUGUGGAGGAAGAGGAGGAAAAAGCAGAGGAAAGUGACUCUUAUCCUGAUGUCGAUCAAGAUGUGGAGGAAGAGGAGGAAAAAACAGAGGAAAGUGAAGAUAAUCCUGUGGAGAGUCCCUCUGAGAAACAUGCUGAGCUAGCUGAGAAGUCAGUUGAAUCUGAUGUCGAUCUUGAUGUGGAGGAAGUGGAGAAAAAAGCUGAGGAAAUUGAAGAUAAUCUUGUGGAGAGUCCCGCUAAGAAACAGACUGAGCUAGCUGAGAAGUCAGUUGAGGUAGAAUUAAAGACUAUGCGCAAGCCUAGGGUCAAGGUCAUAGCAGUGCCGUAUGGCAUUCCCAGAGCUGAGAGACUAGCAAAAAUGAGAGCUGAAGCUGAAAAAAAGAAAGCUAGAGCUGAAAAAAAGAAAGCUAAAGCUGAUGGUGCACCUAAGAAGAAAGGCAGGCCGAAGAAGACUGAGGCUACAUUGAAGCCAUGUACGCCGCUGCCGGAGAAGAGAAAAAGUGAACCAUCACGGUGGGUGCAGUCUCCUUUCACUGAGGGAAAGACUGAUGAGCUAGAAGUGCCAAAGAAGAAGCUUAAAACAAAAACCUAAAAUGCUUAUGUUAUGUAUAUGUAUUAUUCAAGUUAGGAUGUUAUGUUUCUGCCUAAAAUGCUUCUCUUGAACUUGUUAGGAUGUUAUGUUUCUGCUUCUGGAUGUUAUGUUAUGUUUCUGGAUGU